AUGAGCUUUUCUACAAAACAGUCAACUAAUUCUGACGGACUAUAUCGACCACCUUGUAAGUAUGGGAGAACUUGUUAUCGAAAAAAUCCUCAACACUUUGAAGAAUUUUAUCAUCAAGAUAAUGAAGUAUUGGUUGGGCACCAUACUACAAACGCAAACAUUACCAAAAAUUCAGAAGACGUAUCAACCAAUGAAAAUUUCUAUGGCAUUUAUCUCUUUCGCGUAUCUGGUGUAAAGUACGGUAGAAUUCCUACUAUAACUUUAAAGGAAAUUCUUAAUUCCUCUGAUGAUGAACUUGUAUCUUCAAUUCAAUUUAAUUAUAUGUUUGAUAUACCAUGGCUAAGGGAACAAUAUCCUGAGCGCUUCAGAUCACUACCACUCACUAUUGUACACGGUUUCCAAGGGAAAAUGAAAAAAUCAUUAGAUGAAUCUGCUGCAAAUUACAGUAAUAUACGAAUUUGUCAAGCCCAUAUACGUUUGCCAUACGGUACACAUCAUACAAAAAUGAUGAUGCUCAAAUAUAAAGAUGGUUUAAAAAUUAUCAUUCAUACAGCGAAUAUGAUAUCAGAUGAUUGGGAUCGGCGAACUCAAGGAAUUUGGAUUAGCCCGAAAUUAAAAGAUUUAACCCAGUCAACCAGUUCACCCUUAUUUGAAUGGAUUAAUUGUUUGCACAGUUAUGAUUUUCGACCAAUUAAGGUUGUAUUAAUUGCGUCAGUCUCCGGAAGACAUGUCGGCGAGUCACUAAACAAAUUUGGUCAUACACGUUUAGGAGAGGUAUUACACACAUGUAAUAGUCAAAUCCCUUCGUCUUGGCCAGUGAUUGGUCAGUUCUCAAGCAUUGGUUCUUUAGGUCUUAAACCUACGGAUUGGUUUACCACUGAGUGGUCAUCAAGUUUAGCCGGUAGAGGUGCCAGAGGCUUACGAAUGAUUUAUCCGUGUGUUGAAGAUGUUCGUAAUAGUUUGGAAGGUUAUUUUGCCGGUGGAUGUUUACCAUAUACAAAGAGAACAGCUGAAAAACAACCAUGGCUUUGUCAGUUCUUUUAUCGCUGGCAUGCUUUUGAACAUAGUCGAUGUGCUCCUCACAUUAAGUCAUACACUAGGAUAUCACCAGAUGGUCAACAGAUAGGAUGGUUUCUUCUGACUAGUGCAAAUCUUUCAAAAGCUGCUUGGGGUGCCUAUGAAAAAUCAAAAACUCAAUUGAUGAUUCGUUCAUAUGAAUUGGGUGUGCUGUUUUUGCCAACAAAUUAUAAGGUUAGUGUUUUUUUUCUUGUUUUUCUCAAGCUAUGAGUUAUACGAUUUUAUGAGUUAGCUUUUGUGAUUCGUAGGUGGAAAAAUUGAUAAACCGAAUAAUAAGAAUUUUUAAUUUGGAUCAAAAAGAUAAAUACUGUUGAAUGAAACUAUCGAUUGACAAUUGGAUCUACAUAUCUGCUCAUGGUUUGUCAUUGUUUACUGGAAGUAAACAGGAAACAACAAGAGAUGACGUUUUGAUUUGAGCUUUUAUUCUAACAUGAAUGUCAAAUUUAGCUUUAGAUUUUUUUCUGUUUUGUAUUCACUUGAUAGAAGUGUAUUUUAUUGAGAAUUACAUAGUUGUUCUCGGUUACGGUUAGGAUAUUAUUGUACAUUGCUAAAAAUGAAAAAUAAAUGUGUAUUAUUAAGUUUAAAGGGUAUGUGUUCUGUAGCUGGGAAGCGUACCUCUUAAAGUAAAUAGGUCAUCUUCUUGCUCCUGUGCCAACCGAAAAUUGUUAAGUUGAUCUUUUGAAUAAGUCUGAAGUAGUUGUUACUGAGAUC